AUGAGCAGCGGGGGGCGCCAAGCAGCAGUGGCGCCAGGCAGCAGCGACGCACGGGGCAGCAGUGCACGGCAGCGACGCACGGGCAGCGGCGGUGCCAGGAAGCAGCAGCACACGGGGCAGCGGCGGCGCGCGGGGCAGCGACCGCGCCUGAGCCGCGAUGGUGCAAGGCAGCAGGGGCGCACCGGGCAGCGGAGGCGCACGGGGCAGCGGUGGCACAUGGGGCAGCAGCGCGGCAACGCCAGGCAGCAACGGCGCACGAGGCAGGGGCAGCACGCGAGCAGCGGUGGUGGCGCACGCGAGGAAAUGAUAGCGCGUAUGGCAGCGGAGGUGGCGGUGUGGAUGGGGCUUGCGGGCGUGCUGGCGGGGCUGGUGGCGUGGAGGGUGCAGAAGGGCUUCGACGACAAUCGCAAGGCGGAGCUCGACACCUGGUUCGCCGGUCGCACGCGCCCGCUGCAGCAGCAGUUCAUGUCCGCGGCCGACCACUUUAAGGCGCCCCCUGUGACACCAUCACCCUCUGCCACCAUCACCCUGUGA